CGGCAGCUCACUAUCUUCAACAGCCAGACCACCAUACAGAUAGGUGGCUGGGACCGGGACAGGAGUCGCUCGUUUCAGGGCCAGCUCUCAGGCCUCUACUAUAACGGACUGAAGGUGUUCAACAUGGCCACGGAAGGAGAUCCUAACAUCCGCGUCCAGGGGAGCGUGAGACUAGUGGGAGAAUCGCCGUCAUCCAUCACGCCACAGUCCAGUGCCAACACGGGCAACCGGUCGGAGACAUCUACCUCCAUUAUGGAGAUCACCACGACGACGGCGUCCAGUAGGAGGGUGAAGCAGACGACGCCACGGGAACCUCAGCAGGUAGGAGAACUCAGAACUUAAGAUAAGAUAUACUUUAGUAUUAUUAUUCAUUAGAAAUUUGUCUUCUGCAAUAUACUUAUACACACAAAACACAUUGGGUUGGAGAGGCUGGGCUGGAGCAGAAGGCUGCCGCAGUGCAGGGCCCAACCCUACUGGUCUUCUUAUUCUCUGUACAGUCAGGUCCAACAUUUUUCAUCUUUAUCAAGGGUGCCAAUAAUUAAGAACUGACGUUAUCUGUUCUUGUUCUGUGUCUUAUCCUGGUCUGAGAUCUCUCUGUGAGCCUGGUCUGAGAUCUGUCUGUGAGCCUGGUCUGAGAUCUGUUUGUGCUGUAUAUCCUGGUCUGUGAACCUGGUCUGAGGUCUGUCUGUGAGCCUGGUCUGAGAUCUGUCUGUGCUGUAUAUACUGGUCUGUGAGCCUGGUCUGAGAUCUGUCUGUGAGCCUGGUAUGAGAUCUGUUUGUGAUGUAUAUCCUGGUUUGUGAGCCUGGUCUGAGAUCUGUCUGUGUUGUAUAGACAACUCCUAUGUUUGUUCACAUGACAAAGACCAAGAAAAGCACAAACAGAUUUGACUCUUGUGGAUAUGUGUUUUCCUUUUUUCAGUAAUAAAAAUGUCUCAUCAUGACCUCAAGCCAUUUGAAAAGUCUAUGCAUGUACACUAUAUGUACAAAAGUAUGUGGACACCCCUUCAAAUUAGUGGAUUUGGCUCUUUCAGCCACACCCAUUGCUGACAGGUGUAUAAAAUCGAGCACACAGCCAUGCAAUCUCCAUAGACAAACACUGGCAGUAGAAUGGCCUUACUGAAGAGCUCAGUGACUUUAAACGUGGCACCAUCAUAGGAUGCCACCUUUCCAACAAGUCAGUUCGUCAAAUUUCUGCCCUGCUAGAGCAUCCCUGGUCAACUGUAAGUGCUGUUAUUGUGAAGUGAAAUGUCUAGGAGAAACAACGGAUCAGCCGCGAAGUGGUAAGCCACACAAGGUCACAGAACAGGACCGCAGAGUGCUGAAGCAUGUAAAAAUAGUCUGACCUGGGUUGCAACACUCACUACCGAGUUCCAAACUGCCUCUGUAAGCAACGUCAGCAGAAGAACUGUUCGUCGGGAGCUUCAUGAAAUGGGUUUCCAUGGCCGAGCAGCCGCACACAAGCCUAAUGCCUUGAUCACACCUACAGUGUCAUUCCGCAAAAUGGUACACAGCAUCAUCUGGAUAUGUGUGCAACAAAAGUUCAACAUUCACCUUCUGUUACCAUUUCUGUCUAGCCGUCUACGCAUACAGUUUGACGCAAAUGUUCGAUAAAUCCAACAUAUGCACCACACAGAACACACUCCAAUUGCCUCUGCAACUCAAUGCUGCAAGGCAAAUGCAGCGUUCCAUUGGAAAUUCAUGUUUUUCUGGUGAACCAAAAUGCAAUGAUGCUUUCGGUGUGAUCGAGGUGUAAGAUCACCAUACGCAAUAUCAAGUGUCGGCUGGAGUGGUGUAAAGCUCACCGCUAUUGGACUCUGGAGCAGUGGAAACGCGUUCUCUGUUGAUGAAUCAUGCUUCACCAUCUGGCAGUCCGACAGACUAAUCUGGGUUUGGGGAAUGCCAGGAAAACACUACCUGCCCCAAUGCAUAGUGCCAACUGUAAAGUUUGGUGGAGGAGGAAUAAUGGUCUGGGACUGUUGUUCAUGGUUCGGUCUAGGCCCCUUAGUUCCAGUGAAGGGAAAUCUUAACGCUAAAGCAUACAAUGACAUUCUAGACGAUUCGGUGCUUCCAACUUUGUGGCAACAGUUUGGAGAAGACUCUUUCCUGUUUCAGUAUGACAAUGCCCCUGUGCACAAAGCGAGGUCCAUACAGAAAUGGUUUGUCGAGAUCGGUGUGGAAGAACAUGACUGGCCUGCACAGGUGUGGAACAACUUGACUGGCCUGCACAGAACCCUGACCUCAACUCCAUCGAACACCUUUGGGAUGAAUUGGAAUGCCGACUGCAAGCCAGACCUAAUCACCCAACAUCAGUGCCCAAUCUCACUAAUGCUCUUGUCGCUGAAUGGAAGCAAGUUCCCGCAGCAAUGUUCCAACAUCUAGUGAAAAGCCUUCCCAGAAGAGUGGAGGCUGUUAUGGCAGCAAAGGGGGGACCAACUCCAUAUUAAUGCCCAUGAUUUUGGAAUGGGAUGUUCGACAAGCAGGUGUCCACAUACGUUUGGUCAUGUAGUGUAUUUGACAUACAGUGCAUUACAUGCAACCCAAGAACACAAUACGGAUGUUGUCAUAACUGUCCUAAUAUUAUGGGUUUUCUGGUGUUAGCUGUUCUAUUUCCAAUGAUGCAUCUGACCUCAAUACCCAAGGGUGAAUCAUGUCUCCCCACCACCAGCCUAACGUAACAUCACUGUUCAUGCCAAUGUCUGCUAUGUCACUGCUAGGCAUAUGCUGCAAUCAAAUGUGACAUAUUACAUCUAGAUACAUGACAGAUAAUACACUGCAAAAGAGGGUAGGCCUAUUAAUAUACUCUCCAUCUGGAGACACAGAGAUUUAAAGUAUGGUAUAUAAUACAGUCAUAUUCAUUUUUGUGUAAAUGAACACAUGCAGGGACAUUUUUAUUAUCCAAUGUAAGAAUGGUUGAAAAUGAUUAGUCCUGAUUUUUAUGUAUGUUUGUUUCUUAUCAUCUAAAGAAGUUGUAUUUUAAUAGGGAAGCUUAUUGCUUCUGAUUGACUCUAACAAUUCUGUUGGAAGCUGGAUUUUGUGCAGACAUGGCCAGGAAUCAUUUCGGUCACUACGUAUAAGGAAGGACAGGGGUGACUGGCUCCUACGUCUCUAAAGUUCCUUUUGUGUGUGUCUGGCCAAGGAGAGACACCACUAUGUGGCCUCCUUAAGUGUUGUUGUAGUGACGAAAUACACAUGAUGCUGCAUAGGGCACAGCCCAGGGGGCGUUUUCUAUCUCCAUGCUGCAUAGGGCACAGCCCAGGGGGCGUUUUCUAUCUCCAUGCUGCAUAGGGCACAGCCCAGGGGGCGUUUUCUAUCUCCAUGCUGCAUAGGGCACAGCCCAGGGGGCGUUUUCCAUCUCCAUGAUCAUAGGGCACAGCCCAGGGGGCGUUUUCUAUCUCCAUGAUCAUAGGGCACAGCCCAGGGGGCGUUUUCUAUCUCCAUGAUCAUAGGGCACACCCCAGGGGGCGUUUUCUAUCUCCAUGAUCAUAGGGCACACCCCAGGGGGCGUUUUCUAUCUCCAUGAUCAUAGGGCACAGCCCAGGGGGCGUUUUCUAUCUCCAUGAUCAUAGGGCACAGCCCAGGGGGCGUUUUCUAUCUCCAUGCUGCAUAGGGCACACCCCAGGGGGCGUUUUCUAUCUCCAUGAUCAUAGGGCACAGCCCAGGGGGCGUUUUCUAUCUCCAUGCUGCAUAGGGCACAGCCCAGGGGGCGUUUUCUGCCUCCAUGCUCAAGAGAACAAAUAAAAGAUAAAUAAAAAAGAGGAGAGGCCAAUGAAAACCAAGGCAGUUGUGGUUUAAGUUGUUGUGCAAUUCUGAGGCUAUGAAGUGAUUGCUUGUCUUGGGACAAAAUAAAAUGAUUUUGGUGGAGCAGUGAACAUUGAAUCGCUUUCAUGCCAAAUUGAUGGACCAGGGCAUAGGCUUAGAGUUCACCCCUUGGGUAUAUCUGCACUGUGCUUGAAGGAGGUCUGUGGCUAAUGCUUGAUCAGCCACAGACCAAAGAAUCAAGUCAGAGGAAGUGGUCUGCCUCACAAACUGUCUGGCUGACAUUCACAGACAUAAUAACAAGAGAAUGGGCGGUCAUUUAAUUCACAUCACAACCAUUCAGGAUUUGUUUAUUCACUCAUCAAUUACCCAGAAGUUGUGUGUGGUAAUGUGUUGCACAACUAGUGGUGAGUUUGUGUAAUAGCAGGAAGAAAAUGUGUUGAUAGUUGAGGUUGCUUCAAACGCUGGAGAUUAGAAGGAGGUUGUUUUUCUAGGGAAACAUUUAUAAAAUAUAUACAUAUACGGUUUCUUUCUUUAGGUGUUUCUAAAAGUAUUCCGAAUAAUACAGUGUAUUCUGACACUUAAAUAAUUAUCCAAAAUGACGUCCUUACUGUCAAAAGAGGAAUGGUAAUGCAGUAUUUACUUACCGUGUUCACGGUGGGUUGAUACUCAGCUGUUGGGGCUGCUUUCAUAUUAGAUAUUUUACUGCUGACAUAUUCAAAGCAGUGUGUUGGCAUAACUAAUUAAGAAUAUAACAAAACAUCCCCUUUGAUAAACAAGCAAGUGCAAAACUGUGCAGUCAAAACAAAUCUAGGAAUGAUGAACAUUGUAAACAGGGCCAAGUAGUCUACACAACAUAAUCUAUAUACAGGCAAGUCAUUUUCCUGGCUCCCUCUGAUUGGAUAUUAUGUAGAGCCUUGACACUUCUCUCUGAUUGGGUAUUGGGUGGAACCCGAGCUUGGCUCAUUGGCUCAUUGGCUCAUUGGCUCCCCUGUGCUUCGUGCCAUAGAGGAGAAGACAUUAAUGCUGUCCAAAUGUAAAUGGGCUUUUCAGGGAUAUAUUUCCCAUUCUAUUGCAUGGGUGGGUUAGCAUUCAAGGCUUUCGAGACUCACAUACCCCCACUAUAGCAAACGAUGGCAGAGUUUCUAGGAAAUGCAUGUAGGCAUUGAUUGGGACCCCGAAAUAGACACAGCCUCUCUCCCCAUCCCUUCCCAGUCCAUCAGUGUCCAAGACUGUUUCUGUCUGUCCACAAAGGAAUGGAGGAACCAACCCAGGCGUCAUCCUCUCUUCCUGCAUGCCCAUUUUCAUAGAGCUCAGUUCAAGUCUGUGGCUUUACGGGAAAGCUGGAGAGAGAGAGAGAGAGAGAGAGAGAGAGAGCGAGAGAGAGAGAGAGAGAGAGAUUAUCCAAACAAGUAAAUUCCAAUGUUAUUAUUCCUUUCCAUUUCAUAAAUAUUGAUCUAGUGUAAGUGUUUUCUCCCGCUCCUAAGAUUAGUCCUGCAAACCAUAGUAACAUAAUGCAAUCCACAGUGGAAGAUCAGAUAAUGGUCUGUAAUUGUGUUUAAUCUCUAAUCUGUGUAUGAGGUGCUAUCUUAAAUCGCGACAGAAGCCAGCCGAAUCGUCAGUCAGGAAGGAAAUGAAGCUUGAUACUGCUGCUGAUGCGCCUGUCCUACUUUUCUGUUCCAAAUCGGUUCAUUAUAACAGAAUAAUAAUGUGUUACAAAUCAAAUCAAAUCAAAUCAAAUUUUAUUGGCCACAUGCGCUGAAUACAACAGGUGCAGACAUUACAGUGAAAUGCUUACUUACAGGCCUUAACCAACAGUGCAUUUAUUUGUAAUAAAAAAGUAAAAUAAAACAACAACAAAAAAGUGUUGAGAAAAAUUUAUGAAACACAUGAAAGCCAUCCAUGUCCAUAUUUGCUCAAAGGUGUAAAUGCAUUCUGAAUAGAAUGUAAAUAUGAACAAAUACUGCACAGUGUAGACACCACAUAAGGAGAAAUAUAGAAUACUGUAUCAGACCACUGCUCUCUUAGCUGAAUAGGUAAAUAUUGUAACUGUAUGUACAUUACCUCUUCACUCCAACUGCUUUGAGAGCAUUGGAAUAAGCCAAUCAAUGAGAAUCAAAUAAUGUUCAGCAUACAAUCAAUUCAUUAGAACAUUCAAAAACCACUGAUGGCGUCCACGAUGACAUGCUUUUUGUACUAUUCCAAGUGCUUUGACCUUGUAUCCAUAGCCCUCAGUCACUAACCCCUGCCUUUCUAUAGCCCUCAGUCACUAACCCCUGCCUUUCUAUAGCCCUCAGUCACUAACCCCUGCCUUUCUAUGGCCCUCAGUCACUAACCCCUGCCUUUCUAUAGCCCUCAGUCACUAACCCCUGCCAUUCUAUAGCCCUGUCACUAACCCCUGACAUUCUAUAGCCCUCAGUCACUAACCCCUGCCUUUCUAUAGCCCUCAGUCAAUAACCCCUGCCAUUCUAUAGCCCUGUCACUAACCCCUGCCUUUCUAUAGCCCUCAGUCACUAACCCCUGCCUUUCUAUAGCCCUGUCACUAACCCCUGCCAUUCUAUAGCCCUGUCACUAACCCCUGACAUUCUAUAGCCCUCAGUCACUUACCCCUGCCAUUCUAUAGCCCUGUCACUAACCCCUGCCUUUCUAUAGCCCUCAGUCAAUAACCCCUGCCAUUCUAUAGCCCUCAGUCAAUAACCCCUGCCAUUCUAUAGCCCUGUCACUAACCCCUGCCUUUCUAUAGACCUGUCACUAACCCCUGCCAUUCUAUAGCCCUGUCACUAACCCCUGCCUUUCUAUAGCCCUCAGUCACUAACCCCUGCCUUUCUAUAGCCCUGUCACUAACCCCUGCCUUUCUAUAGCCCUGUCACUAACCCCUGCCUUUCUAUAGUCCUCAGUCACUAACCCCUGCCUUUCUAUAGUCCUCAGUCACUUACCCCUGCCUUUAUAUAGCCCUCAGCCACUAACCCCUGCCUUUCUAUAGCCCUGUCACUAACCCCUGCCUUCCUAUAGCCCUCAGUCACUAACCCCUGCCUUUCUAUAGCCCUCAGUCACUAACCCCUGCCUUUCUAUAGCCCUGUCACUAACCCCUGCCUUUCUAUAGCCCUGUCACUAACCCCUGCCUUGCUAUAGCCCUGUCACUAACCCCUGCCUUUCUAUAGCCCUCAGUCACUAACCCCUGCCAUUCUAUAGCCCUGUCACUAACCCCUGCCUUUCUAUAGUCCUCAGUCACUAACCCCUGCCUUUCUAUAGUCCUCAGUCACUUACCCCUGCCUUUAUAUAGCCCUCAGCCACUAACCCCUGCCUUUCUAUAGCCCUGUCACUAACCCCUGCCUUUCUAUAGUCCUCAGUCCCUUACACCUGCCUUUCUAUAUAGUGCUCAGUCACUAACCCCUGCCUUUCUAUAGUCCUCAGUCACUUACCCCUGCCUUUAUAUAGCCCUCAGCCACUAACCCCUGCCUUUCUAUAGCCCUGUCACUAACCCCUGCCUUUCUAUAGCCCUCAGUCACUAAUCCCUGCCUUUCUAUAGCCCUCAGUCACUUACCCCUGCCUUUAUAUAGCCCUCAGCCACUAACCCCUGCCUUUCUAUAGCCCUGUCACUAACCCCUGCCUUUCUAUAGCCCUGUCACUAACCCCUGCCUUUCUAUAUAGUCCUAAACCUCAUCAGUCCGUUUUUGUUUUAGCCUAACCUGUUUAGUCUGUCUGUGCUAUUACACAUUGGUAAAGGUCAAACCAAAUCAGGCACUGAUCUGGUUCAUCUUCCCCCACCCCUACCACCUCCUACAACCUCUCCCUAUGUGACAGACAUUACCAACUUAAAUAUGUAGAUAUUGUGAAUAAACAUUUACAAAUGCUGGUUAAAAACAUUGCAGUGAUCUGCUCAGUACAUUUUUACAUUUACAUUUUAGUUAUUUAGUAGACGCUCUUAUCCAGAGCGACUUACAGUUAGUGAGUACAGACAUUUUUUCAUACUGGCCCCCCGUGGGAAUCGAACCCACAACCCUGGCGUUGCAAGCACCUUAGCAUCAUUGCACCUACCCCAGCUACUAACAGAGCUUGAUCUUUGAUGUAAACAAAAUGCAGCUAAUUCCCAAGGGUCCUACAUAUGAAAUGCAGCUAAUUCCCAAGGGUCCUACAUACAAAAUUGAAUACAUUAACAUUCACACGUACGUACAGGAAUAUAUAUAUAUAUAUAUAUGUUCCUUUGGGAGAUGGCCUGGUAGCUGUUUAUUAUUCUAUAAGUAUUGGUUAGUCUCCCGAGUGGCGCAGUGGUCUAAGGCACUGUAUGGCAGUGCUAGCUGUGCCACUAGAGAUCCUGGUUCGAAUCCAGGCUCUGUCGUAGCCGGCCGUGACCGGGAGACCCAUGGGGCGGCGCACAAUUGGCCCAGCGUCGUCCAGGGUAGGGGAGGGAAUGGCCGGCAGGGAUGUAGCUCAGUUGGUAGAGCAUGGUGUUUGCAACGCCAGGGUUGUGGGUUCAAUUCCCAUGGGGGGCCAGUAUGAAAAAUGUAUGCACUCACUAACUGUAAGUCGCUCUGGAUAAGAGCGUCUGCUAAAUGACUAAAAUGUAAAAUGGUUAUGUAUAUGAUGUAUAUGCAGAGCUGCCUAUUAGGCCUCCUCCAGAUUGGCUAUGAAUCAUACAUGUUUCAAAGUGAACCCGUACCAAUGUCUUUAAAUAAAUGUGCAUUCAAGGACGGGGAAAUGUGCUUAGAAAAUGAGAAAUGUCAAUGUAGCACUGCAAAAGGCCUCUAAGAGCGAGCUGAGAAGUGUGUGUGUGUUGGUCCCUGUGAGUGUUUGUGUUACUCUGAUGCAUUCAUAGUGGAGAAGGUCGACUGGUUAAAGAGGUGGUUUUCGGAGAAGAGUGGAGGAGAGAUGACGCGAGGUAAAGACGUGCGCUCCACUUGGGGACGUCUCUAAGGCCUCUGUGUGUUGUUCUGUUCUAUGUGACUACCUUCCUAAGCUGCUUUUCUCACCAGGAGUCACACUGCCUGGAGAGAGCCCCCCCCCCCCCCCCCCCCCCCCCCCCCCCCCCCCCCCCCCGCCCAGCCCUAAAAGCCCAUACCUACGUCUAUUACUGGGAUCAGCAUACAGCUAGCUAUACAAUAUCCUAAUAUGUGUUAUCUAUUUACCAUAUAUCAACUAAAGCCAAUGCAUUAAUAUAUUUUCACAUGAUACUGGUUUAGAACGACAAAAUAACUUAUGGGGAAGUAAAUACAUGGGCUUGUUAUCCUCAUCGUAUUGAUCCUUGAAUAACAUAGUACUUCCUGUGUUUUGUCCCAAAGGAUUCUCUUCAGCCCAAUGCUAGAGCAUGCUGUCUAAACAGUUUUGGGAUCCUUGGCUUGCACCACAGUGAGUGAAGUAGCUAGCUAAUGUGAUGAACUUAGCGUUUUCCCUAGGAACUAAGACAAUCUACACACACACGCGCGCACACGCACACACACACACACACACACACACAUAGUGUUUCACCCCGGUGCUAAGACAAUCUCCACACACAGAUCAUUGCCUCUCAUCACUGCUUAGCUUUUGGAAUAGUUUAAUGCUAUCAUUGACACUGAUUAGUGGAUGAAGGUCAAUCAACUGACGAGCGCCGGGUACAAGAGGUUACAGCCAUGUUGGAGGCAGGUUAUAUACUCCCCCACAGAGACACAGCCAUGUUGGAGGCAGGUUAUAUACUCCCCCACAGAGACAGCCAUGUUGGAGGCAGGUUAUAUACUCCCCCACAGAGACACAGCCAUGUUGGAGGCAGGUUAUAUACUCCCCCACAGAGACACAGCCAUGUUGGAGGCAGGUUAUAUACUCCCCCACAGAGACACAGCCAUGUUGGAGGCAGGUUAUAUACUCCCCCACAGAGACACAGCCAUGUUGGAGGCAGGUUAUAUACUCCCCCACAGAGACACAGCCAUGUUGGAGGCAGGUUAUAUACUCCCCCACAGAGACACAGACAUGUUGGAGGCAGGUUAUAUACUCCCCCACAGAGACACAGCCAUGUUGGAGGCAGGUUAUAUACUCCCCCACAGAGACACAGCCAUGUUGGAGGCAGGUUAUAAACUCCCCCACAGAGACACAGCCAUGUUGGAGGCAGGUUAUAUACUCCCCCACAGAGACACAGCCAUGUUGGAGGCAGGUUAUAUACUCCCCCACAGAGACACAGCCAUGUUGGAGGCAGGUUAUAUACUCCCCCACAGAGACACAGCCAUGUUGGAGGCAGAUUAUAUACUCCCCCACAGAGACACAGCCAUGUUGGAGGCAGGUUAUAUACUCCCCCACAGAGACACAGCCAUGUUGGAGGCAGGUUAUAUACUCCCCCACAGAGACACAGCCAUGUUGGAGGCAGGUUAUAUACUCCCCCACAGAGACACAGCCAUGUUGGAGGCAGGUUAUAUACUCCCCCACAGAGACACAGCCAUGUUGGAUGCAGGUUAUAUACUCCCCCACAGAGACACAGCCAUGUUGGAGGCAUGUUAUAUACUCCCCCACAGAGACACAGCCAUGUUGGAGGCAGGUUAUAUACUCCCCCACAGAGACACUGCCAUGUUGGAGGCAGGUUAUAUACUCCCCCACAGAGACACAGCCAUGUUGGAGGCAGGUUAUAUACUCCCCCACAGAGACACAGACAUGUUGGAGGCAGGUUAUAUACUCCCCCACAGAGACACAGCCAUGUUA